UAAAUUAAGACAAUCUGCAUGAUGCAGGAUUCAUAGCGAAAUAACUUUGCAGACAAUUUCUAGAUUAAUUCUGAUGGACCCUUAAUUUCAACAUCGAAAAAACGUUUGUGGAAAAGUGACAGAUUGGAAAAUGUGUUAUAGAAUGAAAAAAAAAAAACAGCAUCUCAAUACUUGCCACCUCAAAGGAUUGUUUUAGGUUAUAUACAGCGGUUAAUGAAGCACUGUUUUAUUACCACAGCAUAACAUCAUAAUCCACUUACAAGCCCUGUAGUCUAUCAAUUUUAAGGAUUUUUGUCAGUGUGUGUGUUGUUUUUUAUUUGUAUUUUUUAUUGUGAGGCUUUUAAAAAUGAUUUUCCGUGGUAAUUAACAGUAUGCCGCAGAUGGCGUCAUUAGAGCUUACCUCAUAUUCUUUGGAAUCAAUGGCAGCAUUGUUUUUCUUGUUGGUGGAGAUUUAGAGGUUGUGAGAUUGUCUUAACAUUUUUAACAACUUGGAAGCAACCUAUUGUGAAUUCAAAUUAAAUUCAUCUUAGCAUUAAGAGAUGCAAAAAGGAUGCAAGUCAAAUGUCUAUACCCACGGUCAAAUUUCAUAAAUCAAGUCCACUUUUAAACCCUCAUUAAUAUAACAACCUAAAAUGAUUUUAUAAAGAUGAGUGCAAGUAUGUAACUCUGUCAGUGUCUAAAUUUUCAAAACCAAGUGUAAAUGUUGCUGUAAGCGCUGUGUUUCUAGAUACUGCUGUAAGUGUGUCCUGUAAAUCCUGGUAUUUUGCCAGCUUGCAGGCUUCCUCUAGUUUGGCCCGGCGGUAAUCCUGGUGUUCUUCUGAGAGAAUGACCUGUGUGUUUGGAUCACGGAGCUCAGCCAACCAGUAGAUGGGCGCUUUGUCCUUUCCCUGGACCUGGUAGCUCAACCUCUGCAGGAAUCCAUCAACCAUACGCAGGUGAUCUUUACCUAAACCUGCUUCCUCCUGUCUCUCUCAAUGUGGUGGUGAAGUCAUACUCUCCAAGGUCAACAUGACCUCAUGAGAAGACGUAAUUGAAACCGCAUCCAUGGAUAAAAACAAGCCUUCUCGUAUGUAUUUUAUCGGCAAGAAAGAAGAUUUUGAUCAGGCUAAGAGGAUGAUUGUGACUCUGGAUGGAAGAGAUAUUCUUAUUAUAUAUCACCAAAGAACUUUCUAUGCAAUGGACCUGCAGUGUUACCAUGCCGGCAGUAGUUUGGAGCUUGGAGAUAUUGAGGAAGUCAACAAAAAGCUCUGUAUUGUGUGCCCAAAGCACAAGUAUAAGAUCACUCUGGCUGAAGGUGAGGGGUUAUACAAGGCAGCCAACCCUGCAGAAAAGCUCUCUACUCCACAGUGGUUUUCCAAAGGAAUAAAGCAGAGAGUGCACAAAGUGACGGAAGUAGACGAAGACAUCUUUGUGACAUUGUCCAACUGCCCUGGGUGGGUUGAGUCAGACUAUUAUCAGACUGAGAAGGGCAGGGCAGAACUGAGAAAAGCACAGGAAUCCAAGGAUGGGGAUGAAGAUGCGAAUGCAGAUGAAGACGUUUAG